AUGCCGCUUACGACAAGCCAGAAGAAGCGGAAGGUUCUUGAGGGCUUUCAGGGCAAAACGGGCCGCCCGAACAAGAAAUUCAGGAAGCAGCGCGAAUACCAUAGCAGCUCCGACGAGGCCGACGACGAACCCGCCGACUUCAAAGCAGUUGAUCUUGCGGAUUCCGACGAGGAAACAGAGGAGCCAGCUCGCAAGCAACAAAAGCAAACGAAAAGCAAGGAAGCAAAGAAACCAGAACCUCAAGAAGAUUCUUCAAGCGAGGACGAUGAGUCCGCGUCCAACGACGACUCCGAUGUGGACGACGAUACAGACGAUGAUGCUCAUUCCGAUGGCUCUACACCAACCGGUGCUAUAGGAAAGAGGACAGUUCCUAAACGGAAUGACCCUACGGCAUUCUCUACUUCCAUCUCGAAGAUCCUUGCGACGAAAUUACCAACGUCUGCCCGUGCAGAUCCUGUCCUAUCGCGCAGCAAAACCGUGACACAAAUCACCUCUCAAAUUGCGGAAGAGAAGCUGGACAAUGCGGCACGGGCCAAGCUACGUGCAGAAAAGAAGGAGGAGUUGGACAGGGGUCGCGUUCGUGAUGUACGGGGUAUUUCGACAGGCCAGGCCGGUGCUGUGGCAGAGGAGGAGAAGCGGUUGCGCAAAAUCGCACAGCGCGGUGUGGUGAAACUGUUCAAUGCCGUUCGUGCCGCGCAGGUACGUGGUGAAGAGGCUGCCAAGGAAGAGAGGAAGAAGGGCACAGUCGGAAUUGGCGAGCGGGAGAAGGCAGUUAACCAGGUCAGCAAGCAGGGGUUUUUGGAAUUGAUCAACGGCAAGAAGGGGAAGCCUCUCAACAUCGAGGAAGCUUGA